GUCGUAUAUAUAGCCCCUCCAAGGUAGUCGUGUUGACAGAGGGACUGUGUCAGCAGUUCUGUGCUUCAGAACGACUACCAGAAUGGCUCGAGCAAUGUGGGCGACCCCGACGCUGCUGCUGCUCGGUGUUUUCCUGGUGGCGUCCACUGCAGCCGCGGCCGGCAUCAGCACCCGCUACGACGAGGCCACCGGACGCAUCCAGUUGCUGUCCCACAGGGGUGGCCGCGAGGUGGAAGUGGGUUACGUGACGGUCGGCAGCAGCGGGAGCUCCCGCAGCAGUCCCCGCCACGAGGUCCGACUGGAUGGAGAGUCCUUCCAUUUCGGAAACUCGGAGAUCGUCUUCCGCCAGGACAGGACGGCCCGCUGCGUCACUGCCCACCAGUGGAUCAACUCGUCGACGACAGCAAUCUCAGUGUGCCAGCGCCACCUGGGCAGUCACCUCUACGGUGGCAUGGAGUCCACCUCCCAGCGGUGGCCCAUCGAGGAUGUCAAGCUCAGAGACUUCGCGUACGUGCCGCAGCAGACUGCUCACGCCGGGAUCGUCGUGCGUUAUUGGCUCUUCUCUGACGGAAGGCUCGUUCACAUCCACUCCAAUGUGCCUCUCUUCAUCGACCAGAAUACCAACCAGACACUGGACAAGAUAUGUUUCACUGCCGAGAACAAAGCUCCGUACCCAGUGGAACGGCAAGGUAACGUAAUGGACUGGGAUCUGUGCUCGUUCGACGACGCGAAGCAGGCUCACUUGUACGCGCUUCAGAACUACCUGGGCAAGCCGACGGGCAUCCCCGAUGAGCGCAUGGCCACCCACCCCCAGUGGUCGACGUUCGGGCGGUACAGGGCUGACAUCAACGACACGACGAUUAGGCAAUUUGCCAGCGAGAUAGUCGACAACGGUUUCCAAAACAGCCACAUCGAGAUAAGCGACAAGUGGGAGAGCUGCUACGGCAAUCUGACCUUUGACACGACCGCGUUCCCCGACCCGAAGGCGCUGGUCGACGAUCUGCACGCGAUGGGCUUCCGCGUAUUUCUGUGGGUGCACCCGUUCAUCAACCGAGGCUGCGAGCCGCUCUACUCGGAGGCGCUGGCCAACGGCUACUUCGUAGCAAACACCGAGGGCGACACCCUCACACGGUGGUGGAGGGGAGUCGCUGGCGUCAUCGACAUCACCAACCCUGAUGCAGUAGCUUGGUGGACGAAUCGAAUCUUGGCACUCCAAAACGCGACGGGCAUCGACGCAUUCAGGUUCGCCGCGGGCGAGACCUCGUUCCUGCCGCAGCUGCCGGCCCUGGAGCCCAUCGAGCGAAACCCAGUGGUCUUCACGGACGAGUACGCGAGGAUCGCCUCGUCGUUCGGCCCCAUGACGGAGCUGGAGGCCAGCGUCGAGAGCCAGCACCUGCCCAACUUCUUCUCGAUGGAUGGUGUGGACAGCAUGUGGAGCACGCGCAACGGCCUGGAGACUCUGGUGCCCAAGCUGCUGGAGAUCAGCAUGGUGGGCCACCCGUUCGUGAUGCCGGAGAAGAUCGGUGGCAACACCAACCACGAUGUUUACCCCACGUACGACCUCUUCAUCCGAUGGCUGCAGGCCACCGUUUUCAUGCCGUCUCUGGGCUACACCAUCGCGCCAUGGGACUUCGACACUGAGACGCUGAACCUUUGCCGCAACCUGACCGAGCUGCACGCGCAGUUCGCACCGCGCAUCGUGGAGCUGAUGCAGAAGGCGGUGGAGGACGGCACGCCGGUCAACCUGCCCGUCUGGUGGCUCGACCCCACCGACCAAACGGCGCUCACAAUCAACGACGAGUACCUGCUGGGCGAGGACCUGCUGGUGGCGCCGGUGGUCCGCCAGUGGGCGGACUCGCGCGACAUCUACCUGCCCGUCGGCCAGUGGCGCGACGAGGUGGACCCGGAGCACCCCGUCUACCGCGGCCCGCGCUGGCUCUACAGCUACUCGGCGCCGCUCUACGGCCUGCCGCCCUACUUCUCCAGGGUCGCCACUGCGUAGUCGUCGCCCAGCCGACGAGCCUCGAUUCUGUACAGAGAGAAGCUAUCUGUACGCUCUUCUCCCAAUGCAGCAAUGAAUCAACGCUGUUCAGUUCUUA